CCUUUACUUGGUCCCUUACUUGGCACUGAGAUGGUGGAGCCUGGACUGAGGGGAGUGCUGCCCUUGGCCGUUCUCCUCCAUUUGGUCCAUGCAGAGAACUACACGCCUGUUCGUGGAGCCCUCAUGUGUGUCUCCUAUGACGACUGUGGGGAGAACCCUGAAUUGUCCGGCAGCCUCCUUCCACUGGCCAACGUGUCUUGUUUAUCCAAUACUCCAGCCCGAAAACUCAGUGGGGACCAUUUGCAGCUCUUGAAUCAGAUCUGCCCACGGCUGUACCAAGGCCCUGACUCUACUUAUGCCUGCUGUUCCGCCAAGCAGCUGUUGGCUCUGCAGAGCAGCCUGGUGGUGAUUAAGGCCCUUCUCAACCGCUGCCCAGCCUGUUCCGAGAACUUUGCUAGCUUGCACUGCCAGAAUGUCUGUAGCCCCAAUCAGAGUGUUUUCAUCAAUGUGACCCGCAUCUCUCACAUUGCGGGGACUAGCCUCUCCAAGGUGGUGGCCUAUGAUGUUUUCUACACACACAGUUAUGCAGAGCGAGCCUACAAUUCCUGCAGCAAGGUGCAAAUCCCUUCUUCUGGCAGCUUGGCUAUAGGUGCCAUGUGUGGGGUCUAUGGCUCUGAUCUCUGUAAUGCCCAGCGUUGGCUUGAUUACCAGGGUAACAUAGGGAAUGGGUUUGCUCCCGUGGAAAUUGGCUUUCAUCUCUUUGAGCCUGGCCAGGUACCAGGGGAUGGAAUGGAGGCCCUGGAUGCAGAAAUAUGGGGCUGCAAUGAGACUCGGGGUAACAAUUCUGAGGUGUGCUCUUGCCAGGACUGUGCCUUGUCCUGUCCUGCUAUUACCCACUCUCCCAAGCUGGAUUUAACCUUCCGCAUAGGGAGGAUGCACGGUGGGCUGUUCCUGGUGAUCAUCCUCUCUGCUAGCUUUGUCUUAUUCUUCACUUUCCUUGUGGUUUACUCCUGCCUCAGAAAAAAGGACAAGAUGCCCAAGAAGGACACAGGCUGCUCUAACCGGGUUAGCCACUUUGCCCACAUCAUCCUUGGCAACCUGUUCCAGAGUUGGGGCACAUGGGUGGCUUCAUGGCCAAAGACAGUUUUGUGCCUCUCCAUAGCACUGGUAGUAGGACUGGCAUGUGGUAUGGUCUUCCUGGAGCUGACCACAGAUCCAGUAGAGCUGUGGUCAAAUCCUAACAGCCAGGCUAGGAGGGAGAAGGAAUUCCAUGACCGCCAUUUUGGACCUUUCUUCCGCACCAACCAAGUGAUCUUGACAGCUCCUAGCCAGCCUAGCUACAUCUAUGAUUCCCUGCUUUUGGGACCCAAGAACUUCAGCGGCAUUUUGAAUGAAACCUUGCUCCUUCAGUUGCUAGAGCUGCAAGAAGAGCUGAGGCACAUGGAGGUCUGGUCAGAGGAAGAGCAACGCAACAUCUCCCUAAGGGACAUCUGCUAUGCACCUCUCAACCCCAAAAAUCCUAGCCUGGAAGACUGCUGCAUCAACAGUUUCCUGCAGUAUUUUCAAAGCAACCGCACCAACCUCCUACUCAGUGCCAAUCAGACCCUGAUGGGGCGCACAGCCGAGGUGAACUGGAGAGACCACUUUCUCUACUGUGUCAAUUCCCCUCUCACAUUCAUGGAUGGCACGUCCUUGGCUCUGAGCUGCAUGGCUGAUUAUGGGGCUCCUGUCUUUCCCUUCCUUGCUGUGGGAGGUUACACAGGGCAGGAAUUUUCUGAUGCUGAGGCUCUUCUCCUGACUUUCUCCCUGAACAACUACCCUUCUGGGGAUCCCCGCCUGGCGCUAGCUCAGCUCUGGGAGAGCCACUUUCUGAAGGUCAUGAGAGACUUCCAGGACCGUACAGCAGGCACCUUUGAAGUCACUUUUUUGGCAGAGCGUUCUCUGGAAGAUGAGAUAAGCCGCACGAUAGUCGAGGACGUCCCUGUCUUUGCCAGCAGCUACCUCAUUGUCUUCGUGUACAUUUCUCUGGCCUUGGGUAGAUACUCCAGCUGGUCCCGUAUAUUGGUGGACUCCAAAAUAACUCUGGGCCUAGGUGGGAUCCUGGUGGUGCUGGGAUCUGUCCUGUCUUCAAUGGGAUUCUUCUGCUACUUGCGCAUCCCCACUUCUGUGGUGAUAAUCCAAGUGGUUCCCUUCCUUGUGCUUGCUGUUGGAGCUGACAACAUCUUCAUCUUUGUUCUUGAGUAUCAGAGGUUGCCACGUCUCUCAGGGGAACAACUAGAGACGCAUAUUGGACGAGUCCUGGGCAGCGUAGCUCCCAGCAUGCUCCUUUGCAGUCUCUCUGAGGCCAUCUGUUUCUUCUUAGGUGCACUGACUCAGAUGCCAGCUGUGCGCACUUUUGCUCUGACAGCUGGCAUGGCAAUUAUCUUUGAUUUCCUGCUGCAGAUGUCGGCUUUUGUUGCCUUGCUCUCCCUGGACAGCAAAAGGCAAGAGGCUGGCCGCAAGGAUGUUUGCUGCUGUGCUCGCUCCAGUAAAUCGCCUUCCUCUCAGAAGGGUGAAGGUUUCCUACUUCGAUUCUUCCGCAAGUUCUAUGCCCCUUUCUUGCUGCAUAGAUUCACCCGGGUCGUUGUGUUAGGGCUCUUUGCAGCCCUGUUUGGUGUGAGCCUGUAUUGCAUGUGCCAGAUCGAGGUGGGGCUGGACCAAGAGCUGUCAGUACCACAGGAUUCGUACCUUCUGAAUUACUUCCUGUUCCUGAACCGUUACUUUGAAGUUGGAGUGCCUGUUUACUUUGUGACCACUUCUGGCUAUAACUUUUCGAGCUUGGACGGCGUGAAUGCUAUCUGCUCCAGUUCUGGCUGUGAUCCUUACUCCCUCACCCAGAAGAUCCAGUAUGCCACAGAGUUCCCUGAAGAGUCUUAUCUGGCUAUCCCAGCUUCCUCCUGGGUGGACGACUUCAUUGACUGGCUGUCACCUCUCUCUGAUUGCUGUCGUCUUUACAGAAAUAACUCCUUCUGUCCUUCUACUGAAGGUACCUUUACCUGCUUACGGAGGUGUAUAAGCACUACUCGGCCCACAGAGGAGCAGUUCCACAAAUACCUGCCUUGGUUUUUGGAGGACAAAGCCAAUAUCAAGUGCCCCAAAGGGGGCCUGGGAGCUUAUGAUGGUUCUGUGAACAUUAGUGCAGAUGGCAAGAUCUUAGCUACCCGAUUUAUGGCUUACCAUACAUCCCUCAAGAAUUCUCAGGAAUAUACAGGAGCUCUGCAGGCUGCCCGGGAGCUGGCAAAAAACAUCACAGCUGACCUGCGGAAAGUUCCAGGGACUGAUCCUAACUUUGAGGUCUUCCCCUACACAAUCACCUAUGUGUACUAUGAACAGUACCUGACCAUCGUCUCCGAGGGCCUAUUCAUUCUGUUCUACUGCCUCAUACCCACAUUUGUUGUCUGUUACCUCCUGCUUGGGAUGGACCUCCGCUCUGGCUUCCUCAACCUCUUCUCCAUCAUCAUGAUCAUUGUGGAUACUGCAGGCUUCAUGGCCUUGUGGGGCAUCAGCUACAAUGCUGUGUCCCUCAUCAAUCUGGUCACGGCUGUGGGUAUCUCAGUGGAGUUUGUUUCCCACAUUACCCGCUCCUUUGCCAUCAGUACGAAGCCCACUCGACUGGAGAGGGCCAAAGAAGCCACCAUCAUUAUGGGCAGUGCGGUCUUUGCUGGAGUGGCCAUGACAAAUCUCCCUGGCAUCAUCAUUCUUGCCUUUGCCAAGUCCCAACUCAUCCAGAUCUUCUUCUUUCGCCUCAACUUCCUCAUCACCAUCUUUGGCAUGCUGCACGGUCUCAUCUUUCUGCCUGUGCUCCUCAGCUAUUUUGGGCCAGAUGUCAAAGCGAUUCUGGUCUUGGCACAACAGCAAACAGAAGAGAGGGCCACGGCAAGCCAGGCAAAGUCUUCCAAAGCAGCGUCUUGCUCACAGUCUCCUUCAUUCUAUCCCGACCUGAACUCCCAUACUGACGGGAAUUCUGGGGCUGAUGUGACCACAUUUCCCAAUGACACCAAAGCACAAAAGCUAACAUCUCUUUGAUAGCACCAAGAGCUGUCCAGUCCCUGGUUCUGUCAUUCAGAACUGAGGCAUCUCAUCCUAUCACAGAAUCACAGAAUUUCAGCUUGAAAGACCUCAGCGUCCAGUGAGCCUACGCAGUAUCUAGGUGGGAAUCCAGACUACCACCUCAACAAGAGGUCAUCCAGUCUACGCUUGACUUGAAGAAUACCAAUGAGAGGAAAACUGCUGCCUCACGAAGCAUACCUUUGUACUUUUCCAUCACACUGAUUCUUAGGAAGUUUUUACUUACUUCUUUCUAAUGCCUGCCCUGCUGUAUCUUUCACUCACUACUCCUAGUUUUUCUGUUUUGCAGUAACCAGAAAACAAGUUUAAUCUCACUUCCACAUCAUGGCCCUUCAAAUACUGGGAGACAGCUAUCAUAACACCUUAAAGUCUCUUAGUCUCUUCAAUUGACCCCCACAUGGAAUGGUCUCUAGUCCCCUUACACCUUUGCUCAUUCUUCUCAAGAUACUCCACAGAUUGUCAAUGUCCUUCCUAAAAGUUGGUGCUUAGAACUGAACACAAUAGUCCAGAUAA